AUGGAUUCCCGAUCGCGCAUGGUGACGGGCGCGUCGUCACCAACACCAAAGACUCUGCUCGACUCCCUAACGAGUGCUCUUGUCAACCGGGAAGCGAAAUCGGCCCGCCGGAGACUCACUGUCUUGCCUCGGACAGCGGCUGAUUUUUCUUCCAACGACUUCCUUUCUCUGUCAACAUCACCGGCCUUCAGGAAUCGUUACCUAGCGCAUCUGAAUGGCACUCCUGAAUCCUUUCCUUUUGCCAGUGGCGGAUCUCGACUGCUAGAUGGGAACUCUGCCUAUGCCGAAGAUCUGGAGCGCUUUGUGGCCGACUUCCACGAUGCUCCCACGGCCCUUCUGUUCAACUCUGGCUAUGAUGCCAAUGUAGGAGUCAUGUCCAGCAUUCCUCAACCGGGAGAUCUCAUCGUGUACGAUGAGCUGGUUCAUGCAAGUGCCCGUGAGGGAAUGCGGCUCUCCCGCGCAGGAGCAAGAAAGAUGUUCACGCAUAGCUCGCCAACGGCCCUAAGAGAUGUUUUGGCUACUGAGAUCAAAAAGGAUGCCAGUAUUCAAAAUGGCGCUCGGAAUGUCUUUAUUGUCGUUGAGUCGCUUUACAGCAUGGAUGGAGAUGUGGCUCCUAUCAAGGAGUUUAUUCAAGUGGUGGAUGAGUUGCUUCCACUUAAAAACGGUUACUUUAUUGUCGAUGAGGCACAUGCAACUGGUGUCUUCGGACCUCGCGGCGCCGGUGUGGUACAGCAUCUCGGCGUUCAGGAUCGGAUGUUUAUUCGCGUGCAUACGUUUGGAAAAGCACUCGCGAGUCACGGAGCAAUGGUGCUCUGCGGUCCUGAGACAAGAGAUUACUUGAUCAACUACGCUCGCAGCCUCAUUUAUACAACUGCUCUUGGCUUCCCUUUUCUCGCAUCUAUCCGUACCGCGUACGAACUCCUAUCUUCAGGGAAAACCGAAUCAUUACGAACUCGGGUUCAGCAACUGAUCAGACACCUCCAUCAGCGCUUAGGCGGUCUCCAAAUAAACCAAUCUGUUAUGUUCGAAGUUGAUCAUUUCCCCACAUCCCCCAUCUUCUCACUACGCACAUCGCAGCCGCGUCAAUUGGCGAGUGCGUGCCAAGAAGCAGGCUACAUUGUCCGUGCCAUCAUGCCACCCACUAUCCCAGAGGGUAGUGAACGAGUACGAGUCUGUCUGCAUGCAGGUAAUACAGAGGAGGAAAUUGACGGCUUGGCGCGAACGAUCCAAUUAUGGUUAGAUGGAGGUUGGACGAGCCGAGGGGCGAAAUUAUGA